AUGAGGAAUGCAACUUCAAAAGUAAUAGCGGAAUACAUUACAGACCUAGUACGCCAUACACCACAAGAGAUAACACCUAAAUUUGUCAUUGAAGAAAUGAGAAACAGAUAUGGCUUACACAUUGGUUACCACAAAGCGUGGCAUUCCCUCCAACACGCUUAUAGUGUCAUAAGAGGAAGCCCAGAAAAUAAAUACACACUUCUACCGCAAUAUCUUCACAUGGUGAAAUUAAGAAAUCCUAGAACAGUUGCUAACAUCAAAUGGACCGCUGACAAUAAGUUUAAGUAUGCUUUUUUCGCUUAUGGAGCAUCAAUUGAGGGUUGGAAACACUGCAGACCAGUAAUGAUGGUGGAUGCAACCUUCUUGAAAUCAAAAUAUCGCGGUGUGCUCAUGAUAGCAGUAGCAAAAGAUGGAAACAACAGCAUAUUUCCUCUCGCAUUUGGUAUUGCAGACUCUGAGAAUAAGGAAUCCUACAGGUGGUUCUUCAGGCAUGUGAAAAAGGUGUUUGGCACGCGCAAAAACCUAUCAAUUCUUUCCGAUCGCCACGCAUCAAUUGCAACUGCAAUCAAAGAACUGUAUCUAGAUACCCAGCAUGGAAUAUGCAUCUACCACAUGGAGAAGAACUUGCAGAAAUAUUUCCCAUCCGAAGCGAUCCUAUCACUGUUCUACAAUGCAGCAACUACCUACAAACAGGCAAAGUUUCGUACCUAUAUGUCACAGAUACAAAAAAUCGACCCAAAAGCUGCAGAAUACAUAGAAGAAGAACCACCGGAAAGAUGGGCACGUUCAUUCCACACCAACAGGUGUUACAACAUGCUCACAAAAAACAAUGUCGAGACAAUGAAUUCUGUAUUGAGGAAAGCAAGGGAGUUGCCAAUAAUGGCAUGUAUUGAUUACAUCCAGAACAUGCUGCAAAAUUGGUUUUACCAGAGAAAAUUGGAUGCAACAGGACUGUCCCAUGACCUGACAUACUGGGCUGAAAAGAUUCUGCUUGAAAAGAUAAGUAGAGGCUUCACAAUGAAAGUAGAAAACAUAACUCCCGUCAAAUUUGUUGUCAAAGAUGAAGGAUAUCAAUACAAUGUAGACCUAAAGAAUAUGACUUGUGAGUGCUUGGAGUUCCAAACUGACGGGUUACCGUGCACACAUGCCAUGGCAGUUAUAGACAAAAGAAGUUUGCCAAAAUCUACAUACUGUGCGGACUGGUUCAAGAAACAAGCCUGCCAAGAGACAUACAAAGGUAUAACAGUUUUUGCCGGGAAAACAAAAUUGGUAUCCCAAAGACUACAUCCUGGUUUUGUCUUUGUUGCUGGUUGUAGCAAGUUCUCUGAACUUAAUUUCUACCGGAAAGGGUGGAACUUCUGUUCAUAA